AUGGCGGCCUCGAGUCCACAAGAACUGGCUCCAUUUGCGGAUGUUGAUGGUGAUCAGGAUACGCGGCCGUUUUCCCGGGAAUCCGCCUCGCGCAAGAAGGUGAGCCUUGCAUGUCUCGCCUGCAGAAGACGCCGGACCAAGUGCGAUGGCGGCGUGCCCUGCGUCUCAUGUCUUUCUCGCAACUCCGAAUGCGUCAAAGAUGAAAACGAUGAUGGCCGGCGCAAGCUUGUUGUGAAGCGCCGGUUGGAAAUACUGGAAAAAGACCGCCAUCUUCUGGAUGAUCUGCUGGGGGCGCUCCGAGUGGCAGGACCCAACCAAAUGAAUGCCCUCAUCAGUAAGAUACGGGCCAACGCUGAUACGCAAGAGCUCAAGGCAUUUUUGAAGGAUGGAUUCACCAACAUUGGAGCCGACGGUGACCAGGAUCGUCGCCAGCAAUCAUACAGGAGACAUCGCCAUAUGCUAGGCCGGAUACAAGAUUUUGUCAACCCUCCCUUACAAGUUCCAGCAAGACCGUGGACGACUGUGACCGACGACGACGAUCUCGUCUCGCACCUCAUGUCUCUCUGGUUUACUUGGGCACAUCUCUGGUGGCAUUGGGUAGACGAGGAGGAAUUCAUCAAAGCGAUGCAGGCAGGGGACACUUCAAGCCUGAUAUGCACUCCUUAUCUGGUGAACAUGAUUCUAGCGGACGCGUGUUUGCUCGAUACGCUGGCGGACGACGGCUCGGAGCCGAACUUGGAGCUACGACAGCAAUUCUACAACGAAGGGAAAAAGGGACUCGAUGACGAAGAAGGCCAUGUCUCCCUGGCAUAUGUGGCCGCACUGGGUGUACAAUGGACUUACCUCAACACAAACGGCCAGGACCAGCUAGGCAAUAUGAUAUUAUAUCAGCAGGCUAUGUUGGUCAAAAGCCUCGCCAAGUGGCGCGCAAAGAUGGAAAAGAACCCCGACAUGACGCGGGAGCGGCUUCAUGCCGUCGACGCCUCGCUCGGCCGACUCGAGUGGACGCUAUACUGCCUCAACUUGUUCGUCGGGCUCGCGCUGGAGCAGGUUCGAAUAUUCCAACGGCCGUCUCGAGAGAUUCCCGUGGACGACCCAGACCGGCGGAAUCCCUGUAAUGAGCACGGAGAGUGGAGGCCAUACCCUGUCCCGCAUACACCGAUCGAAUGGCACCCCAACUGCCACUACCUGUCGUACGUGUCACUCGCGGCUGUAAUCACUGCCGAUGAAGCGCUGUACGAAGAGGAGCGAACAUCGAACCCCCAGAAAAUGAUGUCCAAGUUCCAACGUCUCUUUCAAAAGGUCAAGUCUUGGCCAGAAACUAUUCCAGCGUGCAUGAAAAUGCACGAGCACGCCAUGCCACAUAUCAUUGCCUUACAUGCACUCCACAGCUGGGUCAUCAUUACCAUGUCCAAACAAACCGCCUCUCUCGAGGGAGACACGGAAAAACCUUCCCUGCUGACAACGGCCGAGUCACCUGAAAAAGAACGAUGGAAAGACAUUUGCAUCGCCGAAUCCAUCCGCAUCAGUGGACUACUGGAGAUGAUGCGCCAAAUAUGGGGUGCCGACCACUUCCCCGUCAUCAUCAUACAGCCCGCCACCAUAGCGGCAUUCACACUGCUCGAAGACCUCGAGACGCGGCAUGACUCCCAGCAGGCCUUUUACAAGCUCUGCAUCAUCCUUCGCGCGGCGAGCCGCAGGUUCCGGGUUUGCAGGGGAGUUCUGCGACUCCUGGAUAAAACAUCGAAAGAUAACAACAUCAGUCUUCCCAGUGGAUGCGCCGACUUGCUUGCCGAAACUAAUAACGCCAUGCAGCUGGAUGGCGAGUCGACGAGAGUCGACGAUCUGGGGCUGGAUUACUUGCUCGAGAAGUGGGACGAUUUGGAUCUCGACGAGGCGUUUUGA